AUGCCUCUUAAUGAAUUACCUAUCGAACUUGUUCAACGUAUCAUGGAUCAUAUGAGCGGUGAAGAUCUAAUACUGUCCUUGUACAACGUUUGUAAACGAUUAAAUGAUAUUAUUAAUGUCUAUCCUCGAUAUCAGACAUUGACUUCACUCAACUUUUCAAGGAAGAAUCUAGACGCACAAAAAUUUCAACAAUUGGCUAAGUUUCUAGAAACAAAUUCAACAAUCACUUCGAUGAGUUUUAUGCAUAAUCGAAUUGGUUCAGAAGGAGCAAAGUAUUUGGCUACAAUCUUAGAAAAAAAUACAGCAAUAACCGAACUAUACUUUUCACAUGAAAAUAUUGGUGAAGACGGCGCGAAACAUCUUGCUAAUGUAUUAAAAACGAAUACGACAUUAACCAAUCUAACUCUUGAAAGUGAUAAUAUUGGAUCAAAAGGAGCAUAUAGUUUAGCACAAGCAUUACGAAUAAACAGAACACUGACUGAUCUUAAUCUCGAACGCAAUAGAAUUGGUAAUACAGGCGCACGACAUUUUGCUCGUGCGUUGAAUCAAAAUACGGU